AUGGUAUCAUCCAAAGGCUCAUUCGAGACGCCAUAUAUUUCCGUGACCUCAAGCCCGUUACGUGCGCUGAAGCUCAUGCAACAUGAGGAAACAUCGAAUGUUGAUGUAUUCGUCAUCGACGCUAACCGCCUCUUUGCGACACACAUUCGAUUUGAACGUACGACGGUCAUGGCGAGAGAAUACGGCAUCGUAUAUAACAGGCCGAGUGGUUACGACAGGUCUCAUUACAUCACCGAGACCCAUUGGCUGAUCGAGCAGUGGAUUCCCGCCGACUGCGUCGUGGAGAGGAUGCCAUUCAGCCAAUUCCAGGGAUUGUUCCUCAGGAAGGGAAUCCUCAGAGAUUACCCAAAUGGCCCUUUCCACGAAGACUGCCUAGAUUUCAAUGACUUCAUCGAGACGCCAACUCUGGAGAGUCCGAGAUUGACGCGGUGCCUUUGA